AUGCCAGAAAUACAAUACCGCGAAAACCCAGUCGACGAAGACACAAAACGUCAAUUCGACACCAAAGAGACCUCAAAAUUCUACGACCCUUGUCAAGACGCUGCAAAUAGGUCUCUCAAAUGUUUAAGAAGGAACAUGGGAGAUCGGGAGAUGUGUACCGAUUAUUUCCAGGCUUAUAGGGAUUGUAAGAAGAAAUGGGUUGAAGAAAGAAAAACCGAACGCUGGAAGAAGGCCAUGGGAUCCCUAGGCUUCAAAAUUGGUGACGACAGUCCCGAGAGCUCCUCGUCUUCUUCUUCAGCUACUGCGGCUUCUGGUAGCACCACCACUGGUGGAGAGAAAUAA